AUGGAUACUACUGAAGCAGAAGCUGCUCAAGUCGUAGCUCUUAUUCGUGAGGGGUUAAAUGGAGUGUGCCUAAAUAAUUUGAGCUACGCUGACGACAUGGUGCUGCUGAGUGCCUCGGUCUGUGGUAUAAGGUCACUUUUAAAAAAAUGUGAGGAAUAUGCAACUCAACAUGGACUGAUAUAUAAUGCGAAGAAAAGUCAGUACAUGGUCUUUGAGAGCAAAUCUGAGGGGAGAAAUAUUGAAGUGCCUAUCAUACAGCUUAAUUCGGUACCCUUAGAAAGAGUUCAUACAUUUAAGUAUCUCGGCCAUAUACUCACCCCAGAUCUCAAGGACAAUAUGGAUAUUGAACGAGAACGAAGGGCUCUGUCGGCCAGAGCUAACAUGAUAUUCCGCAGGUUUGUACCAAAACGACAGCCGCUGGUGCAGAGUGUCGUCUCGUUCGUUUUAAAUCAAGAAACAGUUCGUUCGUUCUUUAUAAAGUAA